AUGUCCUCACAUGCCCACAUUAACACUAAUUGCUCCUCUUGCAGCAAGACAAACUCUGAAACAUCUACAUCUUCUUCACAAACUGCAGUGAUCAACACAAAAACUACUGGUUAUUCCUCACCAUUAGAUGCUUUCCAUCAUGGUCCACGUGAGAAAAUUGUGUAUGUGACUGCGAUCAGCACACAACCACAAGAACACCCUGAUGCGAUCAUCACUGUAGAUGUUGAUCCACAAUCAAAAACCUUCUCACAAAUUAUUCAUAUUUUACCAAUGCCCUACAAGGGAGAUGAGCUUCAUCAUUUCGGUUGGAAUGCUUGCAGUUCUUGUUAUGGCUGUUGUGGUGCUGGAGAAACAUCUGACUCUGAUAAGAGACGCUUUCUGUUCGUACCUGGUGUGAAAUCCAAUCGUUUCUAUAUCAUUGAUACAGUUACCAAUCCAAGAGAACCAAAAAUUCAUCAAAUUAUUGAACCUGAACAAGUUGAAAAGGUGACUGAUUUGGCAUACCCUCACACAGCCCAUUGUCUUGCUGAUGGUAACGUAAUGGUUUCAAUGAUGGGUACCAAAGACGGUAAAGGAAAGGGAGGCUUUGUCUUAAUUAAGGACAAUGGAAAGGGAGUGUUUGAAGUUGCUUCUCAAUGGAGUAAGGAAGAAGAAUCAAAACUAGUCUAUGGAUAUGAUUUCUGGUAUCAACCUCAUCAUAAUAUCAUGGUUUCUUCGGAGUGGGGUGCUCCCGAAGCCUUCACUACAGGUUUCAAUCCUUCCCAAGUGAGUACUCAUUAUGGUCAACAUAUUUAUUUGUGGAAUUGGAAGGAAAGAACUCUUCUCAAAAGAGUGAAUUUGGGAGAAGAUGGACUCAUUCCUCUGGAGGUUCGUUUUUUGCACAAUCCAAAAUCACAUCAUGGAUAUGUCGCUUGUGCUUUAAGCUCCACAGUGUUUCAUGUGUACAAAGAUGGCAACACUCAAAGUUCAGAAGUGGAGUGGAAAGUGAAGAAGGUCAUCUCGGUUCCAAAUGUGAGUGUGAGUGGAUGGGCUCUUCCAUCCAUGCCUUCUCUCAUUACCGAUUUUGUCAUUUCUCUGGAUGACAGAUACUUGUAUUUGAGUAAUUGGUUGCAUGGAGAUGUUCGACAAUAUGACAUAUCAAAUCCUCAUGAACCCAAACUCGUUGGGCAGGUGUUCAUUGGAGGUAGCUUGAGAGAAGGAAGUGGUGUGUCCAUUGUUGAACAAUCUUGUCAAGAGAGUGAGAAUGGACAAUUUGGAGUUCCUAAACAAUUACUUCCAGUACCGCAAGUGAAAGGAACUGCACUUCAGGGAUCAGCUCAAAUGAUUCAACUUUCAUUGGAUGGUAAACGCUUGUAUGUGACCAAUAGUUUGUUUUCCGAUUGGGACAAACAAUUUUAUCCUGGACUCAUCGAUUCUGGGGCACAAUUAAUUCAAAUCGAUGUGGACACAGAGAAGGGUGGUUUAACCUUGAACCAAAACUUUUUGGUGGAUUUCAGCAAGACCAAUAAUGGAGUUAAAUAUUUGGCUCAUGAAGUAAGAUAUCCAGGAGGAGACUGCACCAGCGAUAUUUGGUUGUAA